AUGGCUUACUACAACAUGGUACCAGCACUGUCCCUGGUGUACCCAGAUGCGCCUUACUACAACUGUGUACAACACUUGUACCUGUGGUACCAGAUGCCCUACUACAACAUGAUGCCCUACUACAACAUGGUCAACUAUGUACUGGUGGUAACCCAGAUUCUAUACAAACAUGGUACCAGCACUGUCCCUGGUGGUACCCAGAUGGCCUACUACACAUGGUACACACUGUCCUGGUGGUACCAAGAUGACUUACUACAACAUGGUACCAACACUGUCCCUGGUGGUACCCAGAUGCCCUACUACAACAUGGUACCACAAACUGUCCCUGGUGGUACCCAGAUGCCCUACUACAACAUGGUACCAACUGUCCUGGUGGUACCCAGAUGGCCCUACUACAACAUGAUGACCUACAACAUGGUACCAACACUGUCCCUGGUGGUCCCAGAUGGCUUCUACAAACAUGGUACCAACACUGCUCCUGGUGAUGGCUACUACAAACAUGGUACCAGCACUGUCCCUGGUGGUACCCAGAUGGCUUACUACAACAUGGUACCAAACUGUCCCUGGUGGUACCCAGAUGGCUUACUACAACAUGUACCAACACUGUCCCUGGUGGUCCCAGAUGCUUACUACAACAUGGUACCAACACUGUCCCUGGUGUACCCAGAUCCCUCUACACAUGGUACCAUCACUGUCCUGGUGGUACCCAGAUGCUUACUACAACAUGGUACCAACACUGUCCCUGGUGGUACCCAGAUGCCCUACUACAACAUGGUACCAUCACUGUCCCUGGUGGUACCCAGAUGCUUACUACAACAUGGUACCAACACUGUCCCUGGUGGUACCCAGAUGCCCUACUACAACAUGGUACCAGCACUGUCCCUGGUGGUACCCAGAUGGCUUACUAACACAUGGUACCAACACUGUCCCUGGUGUACCCAGAUGGCCUACUACAACAUGGUACCAACACUGUCCCUGGUGUACCCAGAUGCCCUACUACAACAUGGUACCAACACUGUCCCUGGUGGUACCCAGAUGGCUCCUACAACAUGGUACCAGCACUGUCCUGGUGAUGUGGACGUUCUACAGCAGCUGGGGCUUACAGGGACGAGGACCGGAGGAGGUGCAUCGUCCACAGGGGCCCGCUUCGCACCCCAGGGGGUCAUCCCCUUUAAGUCUGGGGUCAUCCUCACCCAACGGGCCCGGGUCCAGGCCCCACUGUCGUCCGUCCUACCCCAUGCCUCCUACCCCACCACCAACCUGUCUCUGAUCCUCAGCCUGUGCUCCCACCGCGUCAACAGCGCCUUCCUCUUCACUGUCCUGUCCAAGAGGAGGAGACUGCAGCUGGGGGUCCAGUUCAUCCUGGGGAAGGUGCUGGUCUACGUGGGCCAGAGGGACUUGGUCAGUUUCGAUUAUGACGUUCACAACGGCCAGUGGCAUAACCUGGCCCUGGACAUCCGAGGCCAGAGGGUCUCGUUAUAUACUUCUUGUGGGAAGACUAGUGUACAUGCAGAUCUGCAUUCUAAAAAAGAGGAGGCCCUGGAUCCCGAGGGCUCUUUCCUCUUGGGUAAGAUGGCCCAGAACUCGGUGCAGUUUGAGGGUGCCGUUUGCCAGUUUGAUAUUUACCCCUCUGCCAAGGCAGCUCAUAACUAUUGUAAGUACAUUAAGAAACAGUGCAGGGAGGCCGACAACUACAGGCCCGUAAAUCUCCCAUCCCUGCUACCUCUGAUCCCCUCAGACCCAAACCUUACUGUCGCCCUCCUCACCCCUCUAAUGCCGACUGAAAUACCCAGGAAGGCCCCCAGCCCUAAUCUGGCCUUGACUGAGGACAGAACCAGGACUAAGCUUAUUGUCCCAACUAACCGCCCCACAGUGGCGCCAACCCUCUCUGUGCGUAAGAGUUUUGUGACACCAAAGCCUGGAACUAUGUCCCUGUCUCGUCCUGUGACUGUCGCCCCGACAACGGCCAGGCCGGGAUUAAAGCGCCCCGUAGUGGCCACGACCCAAACUGUUACUGUACCCCUCAGGACCAGCGAAACACAAACAUCCCCAAUGCCAACGUCCCGUGGCGACAGUUUAGCUAAAAAGAGCACAGCAAUGGAACCAGGUGUUAAAACCCAGAAACCCACGGGGAGCAGUUUGGCUGCUGCACCACUUCUUUCCACCACAACAACGCCACCAAAGAAGAAGCCAGACCACCAAACCACGGCAGCAUCCAAACAAGGCUCUUCUUCUUCUGCUUCUUCUUCAAACACCUCUGUCCUCUUCGUACAGAGGAAGCAGCUGACCGCUCUGGCUGCACAGAAUCCUGAGCCCAGAGUGACCAAUGUGGAGGCUGUCAAACACACCUCAUUUAUCCCUGUCACUCCGCCUGCCACAGAUGGCUUCCAAACCUGGGACUUGGAACCGACCCAGUUCUCAUUGCUGGCUGGGCCGGGACCACCUGGACUAAAGGGAGAACCAGGACCCGCGGGACUUCAAGGACCUCCUGGGAAGCCAGGGACGCCGGGGAAGAGGGGGCCUCGGGGUCCUCCUGGUCCACAUGGAAACCCAGGUCGCCCCGGACCCCMUGGACUCAAGGGACGGAAAGGAGACCCUGGCCUUUCACCGGGCAGAGCUCCAAAAGGAGAGAGAGGAGACCGUGGUGCUUCAGGACCUCUUGGACUGACUGGUCAAGUUGGUAGAAAGGGACAGAAAGGCCAUCCAGGUCCUGCUGGUCAACCAGGAGAUUCUGGCGAGCAAGGGGCAGACGGAAGCCCAGGGGCCAAAGGUUAUCCUGGCAGGCAGGGUUUACCUGGGCCUGUUGGCAUUAUGGGGCCUAAAGGAGUCCGGGGUUUCAUAGGAAUCCCUGGGGUUUUUGGCCUUCCUGGACCUGAUGGUGAGAGAGGAAUUCCUGGUGUUCAUGGGAAGAAGGGCAAGAUGGGUAGGCCGGGGUUUGCUGGGGACUUUGGCGAGCGGGGACCACCAGGACCAGACGGAAACCCAGGCGAGCUGGGAGCCCCUGGUCCUAAUGGAGUUCUUGGCCUCAUUGGAGACAUGGGUCCUCUAGGGAUGAUGGGUUUGCCAGGACCAUGUGGACUCAAGGGGGUACCCGGAAACCCAGGAGAACCAGGACUGAAAGGUGAUAAGGAUGACGUUGGUCUUCCAGGGGAGCAAGGAGAGAAUGGAUUCCAAGGUGACAAGGGUAUCCAGGGUUCACCAGGAUUGCCAGGCAUUCGAGGGAAACCAGGGCCACAUGGGGUGACAGGUGAGCCGGGUCCUGAUGGUAUACCUGGCCCUCCAGGCCAAGAGGGUUUCCCAGGAGACAUCGGCCCACCAGGUCACAACGGCCCAGAGGGCCCAAAGGGGAAGCCAGGAAACAGAGGUUUACCAGGGCCCAGAGGAACAGCUGGACUAGAGGGCGAUGAGGGGCCACUUGGACCACCUGGACCUACAGGACCGGAGGGCAGACCUGGAAGGCAGGGAUUCCCGGGGAAAACAGGUCCCGAAGGACUAAAGGGCGAGCCCGGAAUAACUGGAGAGGUCGGAAAGCUUGGCGAGAGGGGGCUGGUGGGUUUCAUCGGCCCUGUUGGGGAGCCUGGCCUCGCAGGAGAAAAGGGGGACCGUGGGGAGAUGGGAUUGCCUGGACCGCCAGGGGAAAAGGGGGCGAUGGGUCAUCCUGGAACUCCUGGAGAGUGUGGUUCAUCAGGACCUCUAGGGAUACCAGGUCCAGCCGGUUCGAGGGGUCUCGGUGGGAUCAGAGGACCUAAAGGCAGGAGGGUAAGGAACAGGAUGUACUCCUUCAGCAUCCACUACGUUCCCUACACACCAUCAUUUGUUAUGGCUACAUUUUUUUAUUGUCCGAAGGUACCUGACCGGUCCGACGGGGAGAAGGGGUCAGUUGGAGGAAAGGGUCCCGAUGGUCCACCAGGAAAACUAGGCUUCCCAGGGGAGAUGGGAAAGAUUGGGGAGCCUGGGGAAGCUGGGCCUAAAGGAUUUCCAGGUCGCAAAGGACCCUCAGGAGCUCCAGGUGCCAAAGGAAUAGAAGGAGAGCCGGGACUUACUGGGCCACCAGGAACUAUGGGUCCACUGGGAGAGAUGGGAGUCAAGGGUCUAACUGGAAAGGUGGGGGAGUGGGGACUACCAGGCGAACCAGGAGAGAAGGGUGCCCUCGGACCAGCAGGAAACUUCGGAGAGCAGGGCCUCAUCGGACAGAGGGGUGAGAUGGGGAUCGAUGGGGAUGCCGGACAGAGUGGUCCUGAUGGACUCAAGGGCGAGAAUGGUGACAUGGGACCGGAGGGGGGUAAAGGAGAGAGGGGUGACACCGGACUGAAAGGAAAGGAAGGGUCUCCCGGACCUCCUGGCUUAGUGGGAGUGUGGGGUCAGGAGGGCAAACCUGGCAAGUUUGGUGAAAGAGGAAAAGCAGGAGAGAAGGGCAGCAAGGGUCACAUGGGUCACCUGGGAGAGACUGGGGCAAUUGGUGAACAAGGAGAAGCAGGAUUUGUUGGGCCGAAGGGAUCGAGAGGAACCAUUGGACCAGUGGGUGCACCAGGGAGAAUGGGCCAGCAAGGUGAAACAGGCAUCACAGGAUACGAGGGCCACACAGGACGGCAAGGCUCACUGGGACCUCCUGGACCAAAAGGUGAAAAGGGUGAACAGGGGGAGGACAGUAAGGUGGAAGGCCCUCCCGGUCCACAAGGUGACAGAGGUUCUACCGGAGACAGGGGAGACAGAGGAGAAUCAGGGGACCCAGGAUACCUAGGCCAGCCAGGGGUGGACGGAUCGAGAGGCAAAGCCGGAGCAACUGGACUACCUGGACAUCCUGGACCAAGGGGAAUACAGGGUCUGAAAGGAUCGAAAGGUGAUCAAGGUCAGAAAGGCAAACGGGGCAAACAAGGCGAGUCUGGGACCAAAGGACCACCGGGUCCCGAGGGUCCUCYUGGCCCAAAGGGAGUGGUGGGAAGAGAGGGCCUUGAGGGCCAACCUGGAAUGGACGGGCCUCCUGGGAAAGAUGGUGACAAUGGAAUGAAGGGGGAGCAAGGAGACGACGGAGAGUUUGGUAUCAUUGGCAAAGCUGGUAACAGUGGUAAAAUGGGCGUGCCAGGGCUUCCAGGCGAUCAGGGCUCCUUCGGACCCAAGGGUGAGAGGGGUCUCCCCGGCCAAACUAGAUAUUCAGGGAAAAGAGGCCACAUUGGUGGAAUGGGAAUUCCAGGAAAACAGGGUGACCAGGGGAACAAAGGACAGCUCGGUGACACAGGUGAAUCAGGGUACCCAGGGGUUCUCGGGAUGUUCGGACCAAAGGGACCUCCAGGAGAUCUGGGCCCAGCCGGCAUACAGGGACCAAAAGGGCCACAUGGCUUGAUGGGUAAUGUUGGUGCCACAGGCCCAGUCGGUAUCAUCGGCCCCAGUGGUAAUACAGGUCCCCAAGGUGACAAAGGAAGUCGAGGGGAUGCGGGGGUACAAGGACCAAGGGGCCCUCCUGGUCCUCGUGGACCACCCGGACCCCCAGGUCUCCCUGGUUCUAUGCCAUUUAGAAGGGAGGCUAUUGGUGCUGCUUUUCAGCUCAUUAUUGAUUCCCAUGCUGCGCUGAGGUCAGAGAGUUUCCACGACAUGGACCUGCCCAUGUUGGACCACCAGGGUACAGAGAUAUUCAAGACCCUCCACUACCUCAGCACCUUGAUCCAGAGCCUGAAGAACCCACUAGGAACCCACGACAACCCUGCGCGCAUCUGCAGAGACCUCAAGGACUGUGAACAGAGGAUGAAUGAUGGAACUUACUGGAUCGACCCAAACCUCGGCUGCUCUGCUGACUCCAUCGAGGUGACGUGUAACUUCACCAGCGGUGGCCAGACCUGUCUGAAACCCAUCACAGUAUCCAAGCUGGAGAUGGGGGUGGGUCGUAUCCAGAUGAACUUCCUCCAUCUACUGAGCUCUGAGGCAGUGCAGCACAUCACCAUCCACUGCCUGAAUGUCCCCGUGUGGGCCAACAGCUCCUCCCUGGAGCCCUCCCCCACCGCGGUGCGCUUCAAGGCCUGGAGCGGAGGAGACAUGAUCCAGGCUGGAGGACUCCUGGAGCCCCACGUAGUGAAGGACGAAUGCUGGAUCAAAGAUGGCCGCUGGCACCAGACCCAUUUCGUCUUCCAGACCCAGGACCCCAACUUACUCCCCAUCCUGGACGUGUAUAACCUACCGGCCACAGAGCCUGGCUCGCACUACCACCUAGAGGUUGGCCCCGUGUGCUUCUUAUAGAGGCCUGUUCUUAUAGAGGCCCAGGAUACAGUACAUACACAGCCUCCUCAUAGGAGUGACUUGCGGGGGGAUGGGGAAGGUUAGGGGGUCUUCCUGUCCCCAUAUACUGGGCCCUUCAGGAGAGGCAGGCCAGGCCAGGCCCCUAACCCUCCAGCAUAUGCUCGGACUGCAGGAACAGGCAGGGGGCACCAUUGAGGGACGGACCAGGAGAAACUGCAGAGAUACUGAGACGUCUCGCACUAGUUCCUACCGCCUGCCUGAAGAGAAGAUAAGCUUUGGCUUUUUUCAGGGACUUGUUUUACUGUCGCACGGCACGAGCCCUGGAUGCCCGAGUGAGAUAAAAAAUAAUGAGUCUCUAACAUCACUCUUGGACAACAUUUUUAACUUAUUACUUUCUAUGGUCAUGAACUCUCAACAUGUUAUGAAAUGUGUAAAGUAAUAGGGAACGAUUAUAAAUGCAUUUGCAUAUUAUGAAUGCAUUACUUAUCCUUCUAAAUGUCACACAUACACAUGUAUUAUUUAUACAUGUUAUAUGUAUAUCUUAAUAUAAAAGUGCAAUAAACAUAUCUCGUUCUGCAGUUUUUCAAAGCAAUUAAGGUUUACAGUGAGACCCAACAAUUGGAUAUAAUAUUAUCAUAACAUUCAGGCUUAGGCUUAGUUUCCAGCAUACAUCCACAGGUGUGUGCUGUCCAGCUAUUUUCUCCUGCCUGAUCUGCAGAUGACGUAUGAAGCUACUUGUAAUGGUGAUUAGGUGCUGAAGAAAUGCCCACUGGUCUACGAAUAACUAUUGCGCUAUUGCAUUCCUGAUGUGUGUUUCCCUAGUCAAAUGAAUUGAAGCUUGCAGUUAGAGAGUGAAUCCAGAGAGUGUCAGAAGAGUCGGUCUACCUCCCAUCUUUCAAUGAGCUGAACCAGAGAUGAUGACACCUGGUACCUGGUGCUAUAAUAAUUCCUGUGGUGGGUUAUGAGGCGGUCUUGUUUAAUCCUGACAGAACAUAGAAACCUUUUCUACAGCAAAGGGAAUAUUUUUUUACACAGUAUGAAUGCAAAGAAGGAAAAAUGUUUAAAUUCACUCCAAGCUAGCAAAACAAGCUAGCAAAACAGCGUUUCUUUCUCUGCAUCGCUAUUGUACUCCCCUUUGUAUGAGUCUGAAGCUAUUAUUGAAAGAUUUAGGUCUUAUUUUUGACUUGUUGAAAUGUAUAAAUGUGUAUAAUUAUGCAAAGCUUUGUUGUAUACAGUGGAUCCCAACAUGCUAAUUUAUGUUAUUUAAUGUCUAUGGGUUUUGCAACUUUCUGUAAACUUUAAGCCAGACACCCAUCAUUAGCAGAGCAUUUUUUAUUUUUAAUAMAUUUGGGGCUUCAUCGAUUUUGUUUUAUAGGUUUGUUUUUUUAUAAUCAUAACUGUACUGGAACCAUUUUCAAUGCUUUUAUGCCUUACUGUUUUACUUUAUUGUUGACCAUGUUUGUGAAAUCUCUGUACAGGCGGUCAGCUCAACCAACCAACCUAGAAAGUCAGAAUACCUCUCAUAUCACACAUCUUAAACAGCCCUCCAUCAUGUUCUUACAUUAGUAUAGCCAUAACACAUCCAAAGAGUCAUCUGACAUCUUUGUUAAGGGCCAGGAACAGAUAUUAGUGGUCAUCGUGUACUUCAUCCAUUCAUCUCUGCAGGUCCUCUGUCUGUCAGCAUCAUAAUAAUACAGCUGGUAGUUUUCAACACUUUCAUUUUCUUCAACAUUCAGGUGUUCAAUAAAUAUUUGAAACCCAAGUA